AUGCAUAUUAAGCAGGUGAUAAUUCAAGGGUUCAAAAGUUAUCGAGAACAAAUUGUGGUUGAACCUUUUGACAAAAGACAUAAUGUAGUUGUAGGGCGUAAUGGGUCAGGCAAAAGUAACUUCUUCCAUGCUAUUCAGUUUGUGCUUAGUGAUGAAUUCUCACAUCUCAGACCAGAACAGCGUCUGGCACUAUUACAUGAAGGUACUGGACCCAGGGUAAUUUCAGCCUUUGUUGAAAUUAUUUUUGACAACUCGGACAACAGAAUACCUAUUGAGAAAGAUGAAAUAUUCCUUAGAAGAGUUAUCGGAUCAAAGAAAGAUCAAUUUUUCCUAAAUAAGAAAGUUGUUCCACGCUCUGAAGUUUUGAACUUGUUGGAAAGUGCUGGAUUAUCAAAUUCUAACCCUUACUACAUUGUCAAGCAAGGAAAGAUUAAUCAGAUGGCCAUAGCUCCUGAUUCUCACAGGUUGAAGUUGUUGAGAGAAGUGGCAGGCACCAGAGUGUAUGAUGAACGUAGGGAGGAGUCUGUCACAAUUUUAAAAGAGACUGUUGGGAAGGUGGAGAAAAUAAAUGACUUCCUCAAAACCAUAGAGGAGAGACUAAAGACGCUGGAAGAAGAAAAAGAAGAGUUGAAGGAGUAUCAGAAGUGGGAUAAGUCUCGCAGAGUUUUGGAGUUCAUUAUACAUGACACAGAGCAUAGAGAGAACAAGAGGAAACUUGAGGAAUUACAAAAGCUGCGCACAACCAGCGGUAAGGAGCAGCAACAUUACGCUGAUCAAGUCAGGGAGGCGCAAGAACACGUAAGGGAGGCUAACAGGAAGCUAAAAGAAGCCCGCAAGGAUGUAGCGGCAGCUCGUGAAGAGAAAGACAUCCUAUCGACUGAACAACAGCAGUUGCUUAGGGAGAAGACCAAACUCGAGUUGGCUAUCAAGGAUCUCACCGAUGACGUUGAUGGAGAUAAUAAAUCAAAGGAACGAGCUGAAGCCGAACUAGAGCGUCUCCGGCAGCAAAUAGCAGAAAAAGAACGCGAAUUAGAAGAAUUGAAACCGAAAUACGAAGAGAUGAAGGCUCGCGAGGAGGACUGUACCCGUGCUCUUGCUUUGAACCAACAAAAGAGGCAGGAGUUAUAUGCCAAACAAGGACGGGGAACACAGUUUACCUCUAAGCAAGACAGAGACAGAUGGAUUGAGAAGGAAUUAAAAUCGUUAAACAAGCAAAUAAAGGAUAAGAAAGACCAUGAAGUGAAACUGCGUGACGAUCUCAAACGGGACGCGACUAAACUCACAGAACUGGAGAAACGUAUAGAGGACCUGACUAAGGAGAUGGAGAGACAGCGUGUUGCGAUAGACGAGCACAACAAACAGUACUACGAGUGCAAGAAGAGGAAGGACCAAGAACAGAGUACUAGGAACGAACUGUGGCGGAAGGAGACAACUUUGACACAAAAUUUGUCUUCGCUCAAAGAAGAUUUGGCUAAAGCCGAUCAGGCGCUGAGAUCGAUGGCGGGAAAGCCGAUUCUAAACGGACGCGACAGUGUACGCAAAGUGCUGGAGACAUUUCAAGAGCGAGGUGGGGAAUGGGCCAAAAUCGCGACUCAAUACUACGGGCCUGUUAUAGAGAACUUCACUUGCGAUAAGACUAUCUAUACAGCUGUGGAGGUGACAGCAGGUAACAGAUUAUUCCACCACAUCGUUGAGUCGGAUAUAGUGGGAACGAAGAUCUUGAAAGAAAUGAACCGGCAAAACUUACCUGGGGAAGUCACUUUUAUGCCUCUCAAUAGAUUACAAGUCAGGGAUAUGGUGUACCCAAGUGAUAAUAAUGCAAUCGCCAUGGUGCAAAAGUUGAAGUACGACCCGAAAUAUGCCAAGGCCAUGAAGUAUAUCUUCGGCAAGACCCUUAUAUGCAGGAACCUCGAGUGCGCCACGGAACUAGGCAAGCAAUAUCAUCUGGAUUGUGUCACGUUGGAAGGAGAUCAGGUAUCCUCGAAAGGUUCACUCACCGGUGGGUAUUUCAACCAGUCACGUUCGCGUCUCGAAAUGCAAAAGACACGUUCGGAGCUCAUGGAGCAAAUAACGGCGCUGGACGAGGAACUCAGCACCCUGAGGCAGGAGUUGAACAAGACUGAGAGCAGCAUCAACUCCAUUGUGUCGGAGAUGCAGAGGACUGAGACGAAACAGGGGAAGGCUAAAGAUAUCUUCGAGAAGGUAAAAGCCGACAUUCGUCUUAUGAAAGAAGAACUGAGCUCCAUAGAACGUUUCCGUGGACCCAAGGAACGGUCUCUUGCGCAAUGCCGCUCCAGCCUUGAAGCGAUGCAGGCCACCAAAGAAGGACUGGAAUCUGAACUGCACCAGGUAUGCACAUCCAGUCUUGACGGUUUUAUUGUGUCUUUCCUGUUGUUACACGGGACAUGA